UGCUCAUAUGAAUGCACGAUUCACCGAAGUCAAUGCAAUAUCGGGGUCACAACCGGUAACUCCCCAAAAUAUUUUGAUCACGUCGAUGUUUGCAGUUAAAAUAUUAUUGGGCAGGAAGUACAUAGCCCUGGCGUGUAUAACUUUCAGCACAGGCCGUGUUUCUUUCGAGAGUAGUUUUGUGGUAACUCCGGACGACAAAAUUGAAGCAUUUUCUCAUGGUUGCACUCUUAUACAACUGGUGUGGACUGCAACAGUGUGCUUGUGGUGCAUGUACAGGAGCUGAUUUUUAAAGCAUAACAAUUUCUCCAUAGAAGCACACACACAUUUGGUCCAUUCAGUAUGUGCUGCUAUCCGGACAAAUAUGGCCGACCGAGUGCCCUCUGCCUCGUUCCCCUGGCGUUCCUCUGUAUAAUGCUGGGCGGGGGCCUGGUGGGGACGUGGGUGGGCUGCUAUUACGAAUGCAUCCGUGGGAAGGAGGUUGAGUACAACUACUAUGCCGCGGUCUGGACUGGCGGUUUGGCGGUGUUCAGUGGAGUCUUCCAGCUGUUUCUUGUUUGUUUCUGGAAUAAAUGUCUGAAAUACUUCCUGGUGAUCUACAACGUGGUGUUGGUGCUGUGCUGCCUACUGAGCGCUGCCCUGUACAGCUACAUCACCUACUUGGAGAAUGAGGCAGUGCCGCAGGGCGAUCCGUCGCCGAGCGUUGGCGUGAUCCUGUCGGCGGUGCAGGCCGUCUUGGCCGUGUUCAUCCUCUUCUUCGUCAUGGUGUGGAACUGCGUCAUCGGCUGCGCUAGUCUGGACGACGAGUCGGAUUCGUACGACGACCACCGCAGAGCCACCAACAGGUCGCGUAGCCACCAACGCCCCCGAGAAACCAGCGGCCCUUACGAGGACGACUUCUUCAAUCGCGAGCCCGGCAUCUACAGCGCUGAGCAGAGCCAGUAUCAAGAACGCCCCCAGGAGGUCAGCUACGGCCAGCCGGACCGUACCAAUACGUCCACCGGGUACAUCAUCCCACGGGCGUCUGUGAGGGGCGCGGUGAAGGACGACCGGCAGGGAUACCACAGCAACGGCGGCACCAUGGUGGUGGACGGCAGGGAGCCACGCGGCUUCUACUCGGGCUCCAGCAGGUUCAGCUCCGCCCCCACUCGCCAGAAUGGAUACAUCCAUCAAAAUGGCGGCGCCGUACCGAACGCCAACAGCAUGGGUCGGGUUCGUGAUGCUGUCGGGUCCCGUUCGGGUGACCUUGGUAGUGACCGGUACGGGCGGGGUAUUAGUCUGAUGCAGAUGCAUGGCGUGGCUCCCGCUUCAAGCAACAUCACCGAUGGUUACUAUUAGCUUACACAGGGACCUAGCAUCCACCAAAAUAUGUCCAUAACCCCAACAUAAUUCAACAGCAUAUUAUGACGCGGUAGAUCUUUAAGAACAAAUAUGUAUGAAUGGUGAACGAUAUUGUGUGUUUGGUAUUCACACGCUGUAGUUUGAACCGCUCAUAUUCCACUACAUGUUUAACAAGAAUUUUAAAAGGGGAAGGACAUGUCAGAAAACAAUGCCUAAAUUGUUCCACCGUAAACAACAUAUUUCUUUUACGGUCAGAUAACCAUUUGUGUUAGUGUCAAUUAACUUAGGUAAGGACCCAAGUAAUGUGCAUUCCUUUGAGACAAGGGUUCGAUUAUUUUAAUACGCUGAUGGAAUGGAAAGUGUUUAAGCAGUUUACUUCUUUUUCUUUCUAAUACAGGGAAUCAUAAUGUGUAAACUAAACCAAUUUGGGGGUGGUAGUGGAAUAGUUGAAAUAUAUUGCCGUAUAGGCCUACGUGUAUUCUAAGUCAAUUAAACAAAUGACUGGUGGAUAGGAGAGCCGAAUCCUCAUCAGCAACAAAAGACAUCAAUUUUUAUAUUUCAAUGAAUAAUUAAGAUUACCAAUUUUAACUUUUUUGUUUACCUAUAUGUAUUUACCUCGUAACUGGUUCGAAUACUGUAUGUUUGGUAUGGUAUGCUUGGAAUUUCAUCCAAAAUGCUUUUUAUAGCGGCCUGAGACAUCCAUUCAGGAGACAAUUAUUCAGAGCGAUGAUUUGAUGUGAUUUGUCACGAACAGAGCCAUGUUGUUUGUCUUUGACAUUCAUCUUGAAUAGUCAGAUACCUGCUGUAACGAUGGUAGCCUUAUUGGUCUCAUCCCAAGAUCUUGAGUAUACUUUCAAUACUAUUGCUACCUCUUAAAUUCACAAGACUAAGUGGUGGUAGAAAGACGAGGCAUUGCGGAAGAGAAGUGCAAAAGUAGUAUUUCUUGUGCAUUGCACAGUAUACAGUACUGUAAGUUGUAGUCUCGAUUAAUUCUGGAAAAGGUGCCCUUAGGGCUAGGCUCAAUUUUGCCAAAAUGAUCAUGUCGUUGAAAUAAUUGUAAAAAGCAACCCAGAAAAAUCAAUUCGUUGCGCCAAUGUAUAUAUUUUAAAUGAAAAGGAAGUGUUCUUUAAGUACACACAACAAUUUGUUUUGAAAUACGAACUCUAAGUUUGAAAAACAGAGUCUGUAAAUAUUCGUUUGCCAUGGAAAGAUUUUACACAGUAUUUUUGUAAUUAAAUAUAUCCACGUCCAUGUAUUCUAUACUCGUCAUAUAUAAUUGUAUGUACAUUUUAACUCACGUUUAAAACAAAAUAUACUUUUGUACGUACUAGGAUUUAAUUUUUGGAUACGUAUUUUUUUUAUCUGAAAUAGUCUCUUUUGUUGGAGUUCACUUCGGGAAACUAUGUGUUCACGUCAUGUUACGUCUUGUAAUACGUCGUGUAACACGUCGAACCUUUUUGUAAGUUUUUCUCAAUUAGAUAUCGUUUGAAGUUCUUAUCACUUAGUUUGUGAAGGCCUUUAGAUACUCAACUAACGUCAUCAGACGAUUUAAUCAGGUGGUAACACUUGGCGUUCACGCUGCACGUCUUGUUUAAUCGACCAAUCCGUCACGCCCCUCCCAAAACACUUGACCAAUCACAGCCUUGAUAAAUGUCCGACAUGCCUACACGCGCGUAUGCUGCGCGCGGCUUAGAUAUGCAGUGACAUUGAAGAGGCGCACGUGUUGUUUCCUGAUUAGUGCGCAGUGGGCGGGGCUUUAUAAUGGAUCGGUUUAUUUGAGGUGUGCACAUAUUUUGGCAAGUUGUACAGACACAGUUGGCCGCAUGAGCAUGAAGUUGGCAUGUGUAUAAACAUUGUGCUAUGAUCAAUAAUGGCUCCUAACUGGUGCCAUCUGAUUCAGUAUUUAAUACACAUUUUGUUUAAAGGGUGUCAUUAUCGACAUUUGAAUUGAGGAACUCAAAUUGUAAUUAUAUUGCUAUUCAUGUAAGUUUUGAAUCCAACACUUGCGUGAGUUCGGUGAGUGACCAUACUUUAAAGGAUGUUUCGGUGAGUGACCACACUUUAAAGGUGUUAUAUCCAGCAUUUUAUAUGUUAAAUUCAACUGUUAAUUCAACAUUUUAAAUGUUGAUCAUGUUGAUUCACCGCUUUCAAUGUGUUAAACUUGAAAAACAAGAAGGUCGAAUUAACACAUAACAGUCUAAGUGUUGGAUUGAAAAUGCAUGGUUCAAUAUUUAAAAAUGCUGGAUUCAACACUUUCAAAGUAUGGUCACUGACCGAACUCAUGUAAGUGUUGGAUUGAACACUCCAGUUUUUAGAGUGUAUUGCCAAGUAAGUCACCAGAUGAAUUUGUGUUUGAACAUGUUUAGAGAAAUUGUAAUAUGGUCUUUGCAGUCUAAAAUGAAAUCGAUUUUUAUAAAAACAAGUUUUUUUAAGCGCCUUAAUUUUUUUUAAUAAGCAAGACCACAUCCCUUUUUUAUGUAUUAGCGGGGUGGAUUCUUUCUUUUAUUUUUUCUUUAAUUUUUUCAUGUAUAUGGGAUGAUUUUAUUUUAAGAUUUGUUUACUGUGUAUUGGCAAUUAAAUGAAAUUAAAAUUGAACAAAUUACCGCCUCACA